GCCGCAGUGUCUCGCGCACAGUCACAACUUACACAUAUCAGCAUGCACAUCGCACUGCUCCUAGUAACCCUGAGUGCAGCCUCAGCCGCGCCUAACUCGUGGUCCUUGGUUCCACCGUUCAAUAACUUCGUCAAAGAACAAGGUGAUAAUGUGGUAUCAUGGUACAACGACGCCACCAACAUGAAGGACUCCGUUGAAAACUACGUCGAGGAACAGCAACACAUGUUCAAGGACAAGUUUAAGGACUACGUCAACGAUAUCCAGGAGAACGGAAGACAGCUCGUGGACUCUACCUAUAGUUCUAGGGAAACUUCCCUGCUGGAUAACCCAGAUAUAUUUCUAUCAGUGCCGGGAAUAAUCACCAGAAACGGAUACAUUUGUGAGACACACACUGUCAUUUCUCAAGGGUAUGUUCUCAAUGUGCAUAGAAUCCCUCGUUCAAGAAACCAUUCAGAUGUCUCCUCGAAGACAGUUCUCCUUCAACAUGGUUUAUUCGCAAGUUCUGCUGAUUGGAUUAUAAACGGUCCUGGCAAAGGACUUGCCUACGUCCUAGCUGAUGCGGGCUACGAUGUUUGGAUGACCAAUAUUAGAGGAAACAGGUACUCUAAAGAUCAUGUAUGGUACAAGACGAAUUCAGAAGAAUAUUGGGACUUCUCUUGGCACGAAGUCGCAUUGUAUGAUGUGCCAGCAGUUAUAGAUUACAUUAUGGAAAUUAAGGGCACCGAUACAAAGAUCAGUUACAUUGGACACUCAAUGGGAACUACUAUUCUUUUCGCAAUGUUGACUUUGAGGCCGGAAUACAAUAAUAUCCUGACGGCUGGAUUUGCUCUAGCUCCUGAGGUGUUUCUAGCUGACAUGAAGUCGCCGCUGAAGUCUAUGGCACCAAUUGUCAGUAACUUGGCAUAUAUAGACUCACUGCAAGGUACUUACGAGUUCAUCCCUAAGAACUCAGCGCUCGGCCAGAUGUCAGGCACAUGUAGCGGAGAGAACAUGGAUUCGUUGAUAUGCAAGAAUGUUGUGUUCUACUUGUGUGGUUUUAAUGAGAGGCAGUUCAACAAGACCUUACUGCCAGUAUUCUUGUCACAUCUGGGAACAGGAACAUCUUGGAAGACUGCGGUACACUUCUCGCAAGAAAUACUUUCAGGAAAAUUCGCGCAGUUUGACUAUGGAUACUGGAAAAACUGGAGAGUUUACGGAACUAGCUCACCUCCUGACUAUGACCUGAGUAAGGUAACACUUCCAAUCAAGUUGUUCUGGUCUAAAAACGAUUUGUUAUCAAGUGAGAAUGAUGUUCGGGCACUUUAUGACAAGUUGCCUGUGAAGCCAGAUACGUUCCUGGUUCCCGAUGAGAAGUUCAACCAUUUGGACUAUUUGUGGGCGAUUGACGCUCCCAGACUAUUAAAUAAUGAGAUCCUAAGUUCACUGGAGGCGCAUAUGUCAGACUACUCAUUUACUGCAAGAUUUUGAAGAAGAUACCGAUUAUGACUGGUUUAAAAUUGCUGAUAAAGGUUUGACAUUUUAAAACCGAGUGUUUAAGCUUCUCAGCGUUUUUGAGACAGAUUUUUCUGCUAUUUGGACUCUUAUAUAUUCUCAUCUUGAGAGUUAUAAUGUAUGUUGCAAGAAAUUAUUUAAUCUGAAGAAUCGAGAGUCGUCUAGAGAAUAUUGUUUUUACAUUCUGUUUACCUUCUACCACAUGUAUUUCUAUUCUAAUUUCCUUCUACAAAUAAAAGUAGAAACGAAGUAAACUCGAGGAGACCUCUAGUGAAGGUUACGCGUACCAAGGCGCAAGGGUACCGGCAGGAAGGCUAAAAACCGCUACAACUUCCGGCUAUGCAUUUAAUACUGAGUAUUGAUAAGUCUGUGAUAUAUUUAGAUUAAUUUGCGACUGUUUACAAUGUGUUUCUUGGAAUGCCUUGACCUGAUUUGAAUGGAUAAGAAUCGAGACUACUAGAGGUCAGGUCUAUUUAUUUGAUAACUGUUAGUUGUAAGACAGUUGUGUCUAUGAGGGAGUUGUGUAAUAAUUAAGAGUUAUUAAUAAAUUAUUUUUAUUUUGUA